AUGUUUGUUCACUUGACUAAUGUCUCCAUCCAGAAGCAUGGAGAAGAAUACAAUGCAGUCCAUGGUGGGAAGUGGACUAGUAUUAUUGCUAAUGACAGACAUUGUUUUGAAUGUUAUGGUUACGACAUCAUCAUUGAUAACAAUCUUAAACCUUGGCUAAUUGAGGUAAAUGCAUCUCCAUCUUUGACAAGUACAACUUCAACUGACCGUGUCAUGAAGUACAACCUUAUAAAUGAUGUCAUCAACAUUAUUCUGCCACCCGGUGACAUACCUGAUGUUCGAUGGAACAGAACACCAGCCAAAGAGGCCCUGGGAAAUUUUGAUCUCUUUAAUGGUUAUAUUCAUUUUCAACAGCCAUCAUCUUUUUCAUUCUGUUCACAUCUAUCUAUCUAUUAUCUAUCUAUCAUAUUAUCUAUCUAUCUAUCUAUCUAUCUAUCUAUCUAUCAUUCAUUCAUAUCUAUAAAUCUAUCUAGGAAUCUAUCUAUCUAUCUAUCUAAAUCUAUCUAUCUAUCUCAUCUGUUCCUGUCUAUCUCUCUAUCUCUCUCUCUCUAUCUAUCUAUCUAUCUAUCUAUCUAUCUAUCUCUCUAUCUAUCUAAUUCUGUUCAUAUCUAUCUAUCUCAGUCUGUUCCUAUCUGUCUAUCUCUGUUCAUUAUCUAUCUAUCUAUCUAUCUAUCUAUCUAUCUAUCUAUCUAUCUAUCUCUUUUAAUUGGUCCAUAUAAUCUGUUUAUUCAUACUUUCUCUCUCUUUCUGUAUCUAUCUCAGUCUGUUCAUAUUAUCUCUCUCUAUAUCUAUCUCAGUUGGUCCAUAUCUGUCCUUGUUCAUUCGUAUCAUCUUUCUCUCUUUCUGUUCAUAUCUAUCUCUCUAUUUCAGUCUGUUCAUACUGUCUCUUUCUAUAUCUAUCUAUCUAUCUAUCUAUCUAUCUAUCUAUCUAUCUAUCUAUCUAUUUCAGUCUGUUCAUACUGUCUCUUUCUAUAUCUAUCUAUCUAUCUAUCUAUCUAUCUAUCUAUCUAUCUAUCUAUCUAUCUAUCUAUCUAUUUCAGUCUGUUCAUAUUGUCUCUUUCUAUAUCUAUCUAUCUAUCUAUUUCAGUCUGUUCAUACUGUCUCUUUCUAUAUCUAUCUAUCUAUCUAUCUAUCUAUCUAUUUCAGUCUGUUCAUACUGUCUCUUUCUAUAUCUAUCUAUCUAUCUAUCUAUCUAUUUCAGUCUGUUCAUACUGUCUCUUUCUAUAUCUAUCUAUCUAUCUAUCUAUUUCAGUCUGUUCAUACUGUCUCUUUCUAUAUCUAUCUAUCUAUCUAUUUCAGUCUGUUCAUAUAUCAUAUAUAUUUCUAUAUCUAUCUAUCUAUCUAUCUAUCUAUCUAUCUAUUUCAGUCUUUCAUCUGUUCUUUCUAUAUCUAUCUAUCUAUUUCAUCAAUUCAUUGUUCAUUUUCAUCCAUAUCUAUCCAUCUAUCUAUCUAUCUAUCUAUCUAUCUAUACAAAAAAUCAGUCUGUUCAUAUCUAUAAAAAUCUAUCUAUCUAUCUAUCUAUCUAUCUAUCUUUGGGAAAUUAUUAUCUCAUUCUGUUCAUUAUUAUCUAUCUAUCUAUCUAUCUAUCAUCUAUCUAUCUCAUUCUUUUCUGACAAUAUUUCAUCAUAUCAUCUAUCUAUCUAUCUAUCUAUCUCAUUCUGUUGUAAAUUAAAUUAUCUAUCUAUCUAUUACAUCUAUCUAUCUAAAUAUAUCUGUUCAUUAUCUAUCUAUCUAUCUAUCUAUCUACAAACUACUUCAUUCUAA